UCUGCAACAGGCGAGGCAGCAGCAGAGGCAGCAGCAGCAGCAGCCAGAGCCCGUGCACAAGCUGGGGAGAGGUAAAGGGAGGCUGAGACUGCCGCGUAGGCUACUCUUUAAAGACAGGCACUUCACUUGCAGCAAAAUAAUAGGAAGGAGGUUUGCUUGCUUUGCGCAGAGGCUGAGCCACAAGAGAAAACAAAGCCAAUGUGAUUUAUUGAAUGAAAGCACUGGACAAUUACCAGCAACUUGUUCCUCUUCUGCCUCAAACAACCUAAACUGGAACUGCCCUGUGAAAAUGACUCAACAAAUGCAGAAUUUACAUCUUUCUCAGUCAAAAAAACACAGUGCUCCAUCAUCUCCCAAUGCUGCUAAACGUCUGUACAGGAACCUGUCUGAGAAGCUGAAGGGAAGCCACUCUUCGUUUGAUGAGGCCUAUUUUAGAACAAGAACUGAUCGCCUGAGUCUCAGAAAGACCUCAGUGAAUUUCCAGGGCAAUGAAGCAAUGUUUGAGGCAGUGGAACAGCAGGACAUGGAUGCCGUGAAGAUCCUCCUGUAUCAGUACACACCAGAAGAACUAGACCUCAACACACCCAACAGCGAGGGGUUGACUCCCCUGGAUAUCGCCAUCAUGACCAACAACGUGCCCAUUGCGAAGAUUCUCCUGAGGACAGGGGCCCGAGAGAGUCCACAUUUUGUCAGCCUGGAAAGCCGAGCAAUGCACCUCAACACACUGGUCCAGGAAGCCCAGGAGAGGGUGAGUGAACUAUCUGCCCAGGUGGAGAAUGAAGGAUUCACUCUAGACAACACAGAGAAAGAGAAACAGCUGAAAGCUUGGGAGUGGAGGUACCGGCUCUACAGACGCAUGAAAACGGGCUUUGAGCAUGCCAGAGUCCCUGAGAUGCCCACUAAUGUCUGUCUCAUGGUAACCAGCAGCACAUCACUCACCGUCAGCUUCCAAGAGCCUCUGAGCAUCAAUGCAGCUGUAGUAACCAGGUAUAAAGUGGAAUGGAGCAUGUCAAAAGACUUUUCUCCUUUGGCUGGAGAAAUCAUCUUGGAUAACCUCCAGACCCUGAGAUGUACCAUCACAGGACUUACAACGGGCCAACAGUAUUUUGUUCAAGUCUCAGCUUACAACAUGAAAGGAUGGGGACCUGCUCAGACCACAACACCAGCGUAUGCCUUUCCUUCUAACUGGAAAGACUAUGACGACAGAGAGCCCAGACACAAGGGACAGAGUGAAGUUUUGGAAGGCCUGCUGCAGCAGGUCCGGGCCCUUCAUCAGCAUUACAAUUGCCGGGAAAGUUCAAAAUUACAAACCACAGGCCGAAAGCAGUCAGUUUCAAGGAGCCUGAAACACCUAUUCCAUUCCUCCAACAAGUUUGUGAAGACCUUAAAACGGGGACUCUACAUAGCCGUUAUAUUUUAUUACAAAGACAAUAUCUUAGUCACCAAUGAAGAUCAAAUACCAAUUGUUGAAAUAGAUGAUUCUCAUACCAGUUCCAUUACACAAGAUUUCCUGUGGUUCACAAAGCUGUCUUGUAUGUGGGAAGACAUAAGAUGGUUGAGGCAAAGUGUACCUACCUCCAUGUCCUCAUCCACAGUGCUGCAAACUCGGCAGAAGAUGCUUGCAGCAGCAGCCCAGCUACAGAAUUUACUUGGAACACACAACUUGGGAAGAGUUUACUAUGAGCCUAUUAAAGAUCGACAUGGAAAUAUACUCAUAGUCACCAUCAGGGAAGUGGAGAUGCUUUAUUCAUUUUUUAAUGGCAAGUGGAUGCAGAUCUCAAAGCUGCAAAGUCAGAGGAAAUCUCUAUCAACACCCGAGGAGCCAACAGCCUUAGACAUUUUACUGAUAACCAUCCAGGAUAUUCUCUCCUAUCACAAGAGGAGUCAUCAGCGUCUCUCUCCUGGAUUAUAUCUGGGUUACCUAAAGCUAUGUAGCUCUGUGGAUCAAAUCAAAGUCCUUGUUACCCAGAAGUUGCCCAACAUUCUCUGCCAGGUGAAGAUCCGUGAAAACCAUAACAUUUCCCGAGAGGAGUGGGAAUGGAUCCAAAAGCUUUCUGGCUCUGAAUCUAUGGAAAGUGUGGAUCAUGCUUCUGACUGCUCCAUGCAAUUGUUCUUCUACGAGCUCCAGAUGGCAGUGAAAGCGCUCCUUCAGCAGAUCAAUGUACCUCUGCACCAGGCAAGAAACUUCCGCCUCUACACACAGGAGGUGUUGGAAAUGGGUCACAAUGUGUCCUUUCUUCUCCUGCUCCCUGCCUCAGACGACGUCUGUACAGCCCCAGGACAGAAUAAUCCUUACACCCCACACUCAGGGUUUCUUAACCUCCCUCUUCAGAUGUUUGAACUUGUUCAUUUUUGCAGCUACAGAGAGAAAUUUAUUAGUCUGUAUUGCCGCCUUUCUGCUGUCGUGGAGCUGGAUUCUCUGAAUACCCAACAGUCCCUGAGGGAAGCGAUCUCAGACAGCGAGGUUGCAGCUGCCAAACAAAGACACCAGCAAGUGUUAGAUUUCAUGCAGCAAAUAGAUGAAGUCUGGCGUGAAAUAAGAUGGAUCAUGGAUGCUCUACAGUAUGCAAGAUACAAACAACCAGUUUCUGGCUUGCCCAUCACUAAGUUGAUAGACCCCUCAGAUGAGCAGAACCUCAAGAAGAUCAAUUCUACAUCAUCACAUAUAGACUGUCUUCCAUCACCAUCCCCAUCCCCAGAGCUGCACAGAAGAAAGGCAGUGAGUGAUUCACAGCCCUGCUCUGAUGAGGAAGGCUGCUCAGAAGUCUUCCUCCCCACAGACAGCGACUACGACUCCAGCGACGCCCUGAGUCCCCGAGACCUGGACCUAGUCUACCUGUCGUCCCACGACAUCGCCCAGCAGGCCUUAAGUGGCCUAAGCGGGAGCGCCCCCGACGUCUUACAGGUGCAUGACAUGAAGACCCCUGUGGGGCAGGGCCAGGAUCCUCAGGGCCCCGCCCAGGGCCCAGAUCCCGACCAUUCGUGCGCGGAGUUCCUCCACAGCUUGACCCUUACCGGUUUUGCACCCAAGAACCACGCCAAGAUGGCGCCAGGCGCGCGGCGGCCGCUGGGCUUCCUGGGAAAGCGGAAGCCGGGCAAGCAUCCGCACUGUGGGGGCUUCAGCCGCCACCACCGCUGGCUGCGCAUGCACAGCGAGUCGCAGUCGCUGUCGCUCUCCGAGGGCGUUUACACCCAGCACCUGUCCCCAGCCUGUGGCCUGGUCCAGCCCGGGGAGGCGGAGCAGCCGGGUCCUGCAGCCGAAGGGUCCCGGGGCCUGGCUCUGGCCCACACCGCCAGCCUCCCCGAGGAGCGGCAGAGCAGCCUCCCGGACGCCAGGCCUUCAGUCCACCGCAUCUACGUGGAACCCUACCCCGAGACCCUGGUGGCCCAGGACACAAAGCCGUGGGCCGGGUUAAGCCCACCCGCUGCAGGCUGCACUGGCCUGUCCAGCCCCACAAGCCCGGAAAUGAGCCGGGAGGGCCCCACCACCUCUCCGGUGGCAGAAAUCCUCAGCAGCAUGUUGUAGGGAGGCGACCCUGGCUGUCCAGCACUCCGCACCUCCUCCGUACAUUUUACAUCGCCCUACCCAAGCCCGCCCCACUACAUCCCCACCCAUUUCAAAUGUAGUAAAAUGUCACAAAUCCAAAGGUUACAAGUUUAAGACCCUCUAUUUUAGGGUCAAGUGGGGAUGGAGGCCAGAAUUGUCAAUGUCAUUCCCAGAUCAGGCUAGAAAAGGCACGGAGGAGCUUUCCUGUCAACAUGGAGACACAAUGAUUCAAACUUGCCACCCUAUUGGUGGCACCCACAGCCGAGGAAGGCCAACUCAAAGAAACACCCUGUGUUCUACAGCUGGCUCUGUAAUCUGACCCUGAUUUAGAACU